UCUGACGAAAUCGAACCAAUUCUUGAAUUAUGGCGGGGCUAUGUGUAUAUUUCAUCGGAUGUAACGUUUUGAAAGACGAGCCUGUUAUAGUGAAAGGAGAAAGAUAAGGUGGGCAAUGAGGAAUUUUAUAAGUUGUGACCACCAAAAAAAUCAGAAAAAAAGGCUCUAAAUAUAAUAGCCACCCAUCCUAUUUAGCUUCCUCAAUAAAUACUUCCCAUUUUUCUUCACUUUUUCACCAACAAUCUCAUGCUCUUCUUGUGCACAUUUCAUUUCACUCUUCCUUUUGUAUGUAUGUAUAGCUCUUGACAUGGCAGCGUGCGGCGGCAUAGAGCAAAUCUUCGAGAAGCCAUUGCCGGAAUCUCAGAACUUUCUAGAAGCCCUUUCGCAGUGGAAACACAUCAACAGAGUCGACGAGUCAUCCUUCACCGAGUUAUUCGGUGAAUUGCAUUUCAAGGAAACUCCUGUUGGAGAUAUCGAGAGAGGGAGGGGCGGUUAUGCCCCUCCCUCUGGUCGGAGGAAGCACAACCAGAGCUUCUCCUCCGACAGCCUCUCCCUGUGCACGGAGGGGCUAGGGUUCGAGAGCUUCGACGACGUGGAGGAGACGUCGAGGCACGAGGAAUUCUGUUGUAGAGAGGUGGGGAGGCACGGGGAUGGGGAGAGGAGCGUGGCAAGGGAUUUGGAGAAACAACGGGGGGAGUCGGCUAGGGCGGCGUUUCCGCCCCCGAUCUCGUGCAUCGGGCGGAGCGGGAAGCCGUGGGUUUGGUUCAAGUCGUAUAGGGAGGAUGGGAGGUUUAUCCUCAAAGAGGUUCGGAUUCCGACGCAGGAGUUCUUGCAUGCAUGCCGCGAAGACGGCCGCCUCCAGAUGCGGUUCGUGCAGUCUGACGACGAGGACGAGGCCGCCGCAGAAGAGGACGAGAUGGAGGCGGAGGUCGUCGACGAUCAUGACAAAUUGUAGUUUCACAACGGUUAAAAAUUUGGUUGAAAUGGUUUGCAGUCUGAAGUGAACGGACGAGGAAAGAUCAGUAAUUUUUUACUUUUUAAGUAAAAGUGUAAUUUCACAUGAAAUUGAAUAUUUUCUUUCUUAAAAAAAUUGUAAUUUCACUAGUUUGAAUUUUAGUAGUACAUGACGUGACAUGUAUUGAUGAAAUAAAACAAAGCAGAAUUAGAUUGUAUUUCAAAUUUAGAUUUGAGAUACUUCAUGUUGUAUGAAUUGGAUGCUAAAAAUAGCGUCUCCUAUUUUUAGCUAAUUUUGUUUUUGCUUUUUA